AUGCGGGAGAUUGUUCAAGAUGGGUAUGAUGAAAUUGAAGACACAUCAAAUCUAGAGCCACCCCAUAGGGAUUUACUUAAGGAGAGUAGGAGGAAGAAUGCAAAAGCAUCCAUGUACAUCCAACAAGGAGUUGGAGACACCAUUCUACCAAGAGUAAUCCAUUCUUAUAAAGUUAAAGAAGCUUGGGAUCUUCUGCAACAAGAGUAUGGAGGCAAUAAGAAGAUGGAAGAAAGAAGAAUUUGUGAAAAGAUUUUGAUAUGCUUGCCAGAAAAAUUUGAACCCAUUCUGGCGGUUUUGGAAGAGACUAAAGAUUCCUCUACAUUAAAGUCACAAGAAUUAUGGGCUUCCUUGAAGGUGUAUGAGCAAAUGUUGUUAAUACACUCCGAAAAAUCAAUUGAGAGUGCACUUCAAUCAAAACUCAACUUGGAAUCAAAAAAUUCAGCAAUGAAGAAAAAUGAGUACAAGGGUGAUGUUUCAUCUAACUUCAAAGGAAAGGGAAUCUGGAAGAAAGGAGGAGCUAACUCCAACAAAUACACAAAGAGUGAUUCGUCUCAAGUACCAAGAUGCAACUUUUGCAAGAAGAAUGGUCAUUUAGAGAAGAAUUGUUGGAACAAAGGGAAUCCCCAAUGUCACAAUUGCAAGAAAUAUGAACAUUCGGUGAAAGAUUGUAGAUACAAAGAAGAUGAAGACCAAGACGGUAGAACUGAAGAAAAAGAAGACAAACAAAUUUUGUUUUAUGCUUGUCAAAGUGCUUGGUUUGUAGAUAGUGGUUGCACAACUCAUAUGUCUGGUGAAAAAAGCUUGUUUGUUGAUAUGGAUACAUCCAUCAAUUCUCUCGUGAAGAUGGGUGAUGGAAACAUGGUUCAAGCUACUGGAAGAGGUACAAUUCGUGUACAACCUAUUAAUGGAGCUGUUGUUUAUCUUGAAAAACAACAAAAUGAUCACAGCCGUGAUGUCUUGUUCGAUGAAGGCGCUUCAUGGAAUUGGGAAGAAGGUAAAAUUGAGAAGAGUACCAUUAUUGUUUAUGAUGAACAAGAAAAUUCAGCAACAAAUGAAGUUGGAGAAGAUGAAGAAGAAGGUGAAGAACUAUCUCAAACACCCCCAAAUGCAAGGUUUAGAGCAUCUCCAAAAGCAUCAAAAGAACCGGUUUGGAUAAAAGCUAUGGAAGAAGAAGUUGUUGUCAUAAAUGAUAACGAUACAUGA